AGAAGAAGAAGAAGAAGAAGAAGAAGAAGAAGAAGAAGAAGAAGAAAUUAAAAACAAAGGAGAAGUAGAAACGAUCAUGUCGCUAGUUUGUCUCGAGGAUAUGAAAUGAACUUGUGUUCCGGCAACAGUCUGCAGACGUUGUGUUGUGCACCUUCCGGAGGCGUUGUGUUUGAAACACAACAGGAGGUCUCUCUCUCUCUCUCUCCUGCAUGGCUCUGCCGCAGCCCGCAGCUCUCCUUUAGCUGCUAGCUUGUCGGACGGGUCCGCACAAAGCUAGCCUGCAAACACCUCGUCGGACCAACAGCCGCGGUUUCCCCGUCAGUCGAGUGACGGUCGGUUUCAUUUGGAAGAUAAGGAGCAGUAAGGUUGUGAAGGCCCAUCUGUCCACCCAUGGCUUCAGAGGUCAACAUGGAGGAGGUGAGUGAGGUCGUGAUCGUCACCAUACCAGAGAGCGUGGGCGAGGACCUCCCCUCCGUGGUGGAGGAGGAUAAAGCAGUGCUGGUGUCUGCAGAGCUCACCAAUCAGCCAGGGGAGGAGGCCCUCACAGUAGCAGCAGUGGAGGCAGAAGCCGAGGCCGGCACAUCCGACUCACUGUCGAAGGAGGAGGCGGUCAUUGUGAAGUUGACCGAAGAGGUGGACGUGGAAGCUGACGUCUUCUACCCAAUCACCUGUGGAGACGCAAAAGCCACGCUGGUCUGGAAGAAGUUUGUCUGUCCUGGGAUCAAUGUGAAAUGUGUCCAGUUCAACGAGCAGCUCAUCAGCCCCAAGGAGUUUGUGUGUUUAGCAGGGAAAUCCACGCUGAAGGAUUGGAAGAGAGCCAUCCGCCUCAACGCCACCAUGCUCAGGAAGAUCAUGGACUCCGGUGAGCUGGACUUCUACCAGCAUACAAAGGUCUGCUCCAACACCUGCCGCAGCACCAAGAUCGACCUGGUGGGAACCAAAGUGUCCGUCAGCAGUGACCAGUCGGCCGACCUGGUGCCUGUCACCCCCUCAUCAGCACACUUGAACGGAGCACCAGCCUCGUUCCCCGAUGUGCCAGAGGAGACUUCCGAGUGGGUCACGGCCAUCGGAGAGGACUCUGUGGUGUUCUGGCGCACAGUGAAGGAGGCAGGACUGCUGGAGGAGGUGGUGGAUGAUUUCCAGAAAGAGCUGCAGGAGGUGCUGAAGGGGCUGCAGGAGAGAGUGUGUAACCCACCACUACAGGUCAAAGAUGCAGUUUUGCUCAACAACAUUGUGCAGAACUUUGGGAUGUUGGACCUGGUGAAGAAGGUCCUGGCCAGUCACAAGAGCCAGAUGGACCGUUACAGAGAGCAGUACACUCGCAGCCUCGCCGCUCUGGAGCAGCAGUGUGACGAGCACAGGAAGCGAGCCAAGGAGCUGAAGAGUAAAUCCCAGCACCUCAACAACGUCCUGAUGACCCUGACCCCGGUCCCCGCGGCCCCCCCGCCCAAGCGUCCCCGGCUGACUCGCACCGUCUCCAGCCCGGCCAAGGUCAACGCCGCUCCGACCCAGAUCACUCUGCCUAUCAACCAGCUGACGGGCCUGCAGCUUGGCAAGGUUCUGACCAUGGCAGGAGCCCCGGCCGGCACCACCCUGGGCGGGUACACCCUCCUGACCUCUUCGCUCUCCGGGUCAGAGCUGGUGGCCGACCCCUCUAACCUGACUGUGUUGUCCACGACUGCGGGUCAGUUGGUCGGCCCUCAGUUCCAGCUGGUGACGCUGCCGGCCGCGCUGCAGAGCCUGGCCACUGCGCAGAGCACGGCCGUCCAGCAGCAGGUCGGCAGCAUCAGUGUGAUGGACGCCAUGGCAACUGUUGACGAUUCACAGGAGGAUCCCCAGACUGACGGUGAGGAGGAAGGUCAGCCAGUGGAGGUCAAAGAAGAGGAAGAUGGGGAACAGGCGGCUGAGUGACAGGGACACAAUGUCCCCUGUCGCCCAAUCAUCAAACCAUCCUCAUUUCAUCAUCUGGAUUCAACCUGCAUGACUCAGACAUUUAGUCUUUUACAGAUCCGUUCAUGCUUUGUGCAGGUCAUUGUAUCAUUUAACACGACGCACCGCCUUCCUUUUAGAUGUCGGUCAUAUUUCAAAAUACACACAUUUCUGUUUAGGUGGCAUCUGAUGUCACAGAAGUGUGUAUUCUGUUUUGGAUUUUACUGUAAAUAAGUAUUUGUACCUAAUAUAUUUGAUUGCAGUUGUGCGGAUUAGCUCCAUGAAGGGUGUGAUAAAAAAAGAGCAGUCUAAUAAAUGCUCAGUUUUCAAGAA